GUUUGGAAAUCUCCCUAAAGAUCCCUAAAGAUGGCCGCUUCCACCAGUCAACAAUUUUAUUCUUGACCAGGCCAAUGGCAGGCCGAGGUAGAGGUAGAGGAAGAACUGUAUCCUUCAAUGUAGAAGCUUUGGGAAUCAACAAGGGAGAAGUACCCAUAGGGCCUGUUCUUCAACCGCCACCACUCUUCCCGCCACAAGAAUUCAAACCAGUACCACUGAAACAAAGUGAAGACUAUGAAUAUAUUUGUGCAUUGAAGAAAGAAUUCAUAGGUUUUAUGAAAAAGUCCCCAUACUACAUACAAUCCAAAGAGAAAAGGAAAGAUAUUGAUAGAUAUUCAGAUAAAUAUCAAUCAGGACAAGAUACAUUGGGACAAUGGAAUCCAGAUUGGAGAAUGUUUCCAGAUGAAUUAAAGCCUGCAGAGAAGAAAGUUCGUAAAUUUGGUGGCAGUAAACCUAUAAAACCAAAUAUUCCAGCCUCUAAAAAGUCAAAGACAUCAGAAAAAGAAAUAUCAAAAACUUUGGAGAAACUGGAGAAAAAAGAAGCUGCCAUGACAAAUAAAGAAGGAGAAGAAGAUGAGGAAGAGGAAGGAGCAAACCCAGAAAAGAAAACAGAGGAGGAUCUAGACCUUGAUAUUGAUGAGGAAAUUGAUGAAGAAGAGGAAACUGAUUAUAUAUUGACGUACUUCGACAAUGGAGAAACAUAUGGUGAUGAUGAUGACGAUGAUGAUGGUGACGGGCCAAUAUAUUGAAUCAACACUUUCCUCUAAGGGAGAUUCAAAGAAAACAGUGAUAAGAAGAUGUGAAGAAAGGACUAGGAAACUUCAGAUAGUUGUCAACACUUCUUUGACUGUAUACAGGUCAAAUUAAGCUGGAACACAUUUCUGUAAAGCAACAAAAUAAUGUAAUCAGUAGAGUUCAAUGAAAAGCUCAUAUGUUACAAUGGAUGCAUUCAGAUAUAAAUUAAAACUUUAAUUACCAUAAA